AUGGCUACCAUCUCGCGCGCAUCGCGCAUUCACAACCCCGCGCUAUUCAUCUGCGACAUCCAAGAGAAAUUCCGCGGAAUCUACGAGUUCCCCAAACUCAUCUCAACAACCCAAAAAAUGCUCAAAGCAGCCUCAACCCUCCAAAUCCCAGUCUACAUAACAACCCAAAACAGAGGCAAACUUGGAACCACAGUCGCAGAACUUCAAGACCACCUAAACGGCCCUCACAUUCGCGCAGACGUGGACAAAACGCUCUUCUCAAUGAUAACACCGGAAAUCUCAAACCUACUCCCACAGCCUGGAUCUGGAUCCCCGCCACUGGAUGUGAUGAUCGUCGGGAUCGAGACUCAUAUCUGUGUAACGCAGACGACGCUUGAUUUGUUGGAAAGGGGGCAUCGGGUUUAUAUUCUUGUUGAUGGGGUUAGUAGUAUGAAUGCCGAGGAGCGAGGGAUUGCAUUGGCGCGGCUGAGGGAUGCGGGUGCUAUUGUUACUAGUAGUGAGAGUGUUCUCUUUGAGAUUAUUGGGGAUGCUGGGCACGAAGGGUUUAGGGCUGUUAGUGGGUUGGUCAAGGAGAGUAAGGAGGAGACUAAGGGGGCUUUAGGGGCCUUUUCGAAGAUUUAG